GCACUGAUCCGUAAAAACCAGAAGAAAAAAAAGGAGAGAAGAAAACAAUUCGAGAUAGAGAGGGAGGAGAGGGAACGUUCUAUAGGCUAUCUGGAACUACGAUCCCGCAUCUCUCACUGGACUUCGCCUCCCUUCCCAAGAACUUCAUCUCGCUUUUCGAAUUUCAAAUUACACUGGCGAUCAUCACCGGAGCCAACCACUUCAACCGGCAAUCAAUCACAUCUCAAUUUCAGAAUAUCAUCUCUCUAGAAUCCUUUCAUUUCCAGAUACAGAUCUGAUCCUCAGACGUAUUCCACGCCGGGGAUGGCUUCUAAUGAAGCCGGUUCCCGUCUCAACCAGGUUAUCAUUCCCGCCCUAGACAAGAUUAUUAAGAACGGUUCAUGGAGAAAACACUCGAAACUCGUUCAUGAAUGUAAAUCUGUGCUUGAACGGUUAUCUUCACCAGACAAAUCAUCUCCAUUGAGUACCCCUAGCUCACCGGAUAAUCAUUCAGACCAUGAAACAUCAUCUCUUCCCGGAGUUAUUCACGAUGGAGGUCCAGUGGAGUAUUCUCUUGCCGAAUCGGAGUUUGUUCUUAGUCCUAUUAUUAAUGCUUGUUCCUCUGGAAAUCUCAAGAUCGCCGAUCCAGCUCUUGAUUGCGUGCAAAAGCUGAUCGCUCAUGGAUAUCUCCGCGGUGAAGUGGAUACAACAGGAGGUCCUGAGGCAAAGCUGUUGUCGAAGCUGAUUGAAUCCGUGUGUAAAUGUCACGAGUUAGGCGAUGAGGCGAUUGAAUUGCUUGUGCUGAAGACUCUUCUCUCUGCUGUUACUUCGGUUUCACUGAGAAUGCAUGGGGAUUGUUUGCUACUGGUGGUGAGGACUUGCUACGAUGUUUAUUUAGGGAGUAAGAAUGUGGUGAAUCAAACUACGGCUAAGGCAUCGCUGAUACAAAUGCUUGUCAUUGUUUUUCGACGAAUGGAAGCGGAUUCCUCUACGGUGCCAGUACAGCCAAUUGUUGUUGCAGAGCUGAUGGAUCCUCCAGAGAAGGCUGAUGCGGAUGGAUCGACAACAAUGUUUGUACAGGGGUUUAUCACUAAGAUAAUGCAGGAUAUUGAUGGAGUUUUGAAUCCAUCUACGCCUGGAAAACCUAGGGCAUGGGUACAUGAUGGUGCAUUUGAAACAAGAGCAACUGUUGAGUCAACAAAUCCGGCUGAUUUGUUGGAUUCCACUGAUAAAGAUAUGUUGGAUGCCAAGUACUGGGAAAUUAGCAUGUAUAAGACGGCUUUGGAAGGGAGGAAGGGGGAAUUGACGGAUGGAGAUAUUGAAAGGGAUGAUGAUAUGGAGGUUCAGAUUGGGAAUAAGCUUAGAAGGGACGCAUUUUUAGUAUUCCGAGCACUUUGUAAACUGUCAAUGAAGACACCACCAAAGGAGGCAUUGGUUGAUCCACAGCUAAUGCGUGGAAAAAUUGUAGCAUUGGAGUUGCUUAAGAUUUUGCUGGAAAAUGCCGGGGCGAUAUUCAGGACUAGUGAGAGGUUUCUAGGUGCUAUUAAACAAUACUUGUGUUUGUCCUUGUUGAAGAACAGUGCUUCAUCUCUGAUGAUUGUUUUCCAGCUUUCAUGCUCCAUUUUCUUGAGUCUGGUAUCAAGAUUUAGGGCUGGAUUGAAGGCUGAGAUUGGAGUAUUCUUCCCUAUGAUUGUCCUUCGAGUUCUUGAAAAUGUUGCUCAACCUAAUUUUCAGCAGAAGAUGAUAGUCCUCCGAUUUCUUGAGAAGCUGUGUGUUGAUUCACAGAUUUUGGUUGAUAUUUUCCUCAAUUAUGAUUGUGAUGUCAAUUCAUCUAAUAUAUUUGAAAGAAUGGUUAAUGGUCUCCUGAAGACUGCUCAAGGUGUUCCUCCAGGUACUUCCACUACAUUGUUGCCUCCUCAAGAACAAACAAUGAAGCUUGAUGCUAUGAAGUGCUUAGUUGCUAUUUUGAAAUCAAUGGGAGACUGGCUGAACAAACAAUUGAGGAUCCCAGACCCUAAUUCUGCAAGAAAUUCUGAAGAAGUUGAAACAAGUCCAGAAUCAAGAGCUGCCACCUUUGCCAAUGGAAGUACAGAGGAGUCUGUUGAAGGAUCAGAUACACAGUCUGAAUCUGCCAGUGAAGUUUCUGACGUGUCAACAAUUGAGCAACGUCGGGCUUACAAGCUUGAACUUCAGGAAGGUAUAUCUCUUUUCAAUAGGAAGCCUAGAAAAGGUAUUGAGUUCCUGAUAAGUGCAAAUAAAGUGGGAGGUUCUGCAGAAGAAAUUGCUUCUUUCCUUAAAGAUGCAACUGGGUUAAACAAGACUUUGAUUGGUGACUAUUUAGGAGAAAGAGAAGAACUAUCACUAAAAGUAAUGCAUGCAUACGUGGACUCUUUUGAUUUCCAAGGGAUGGAUUUUGACGAGGCAAUUAGGACUUUCCUACAGGGAUUUAGGUUGCCUGGUGAGGCACAAAAGAUUGACCGCAUCAUGGAAAAGUUUGCUGAACGUUACUGCAAAUGUAAUCCAAAAGAUUUCACUAGUGCAGACACGGCAUACGUACUUGCUUACUCUGUGAUAAUGCUCAAUACUGAUGCUCACAACCCUAUGGUAAAAAUAAAGAUGUCGGCUGAAGACUUUAUACGGAAUAACCGAGGCAUAGACGACGGUAAAGAUCUACCUGAGGAGUAUCUGCGAUCAUUGUUUGACCGAAUAUCCAGAAAUGAGAUUAAAAUGAAGGACACUGAGUUAGCUCCUCAACAGAUACAAUCUAUAAACCCGAACAGAAUCCUUGGUUUGGAUAGUAUAUUGAAUAUUGUGGUCCGUAAACGGGGGGUAGAUAAAGAUAUGGAGACAAGUGAUGAUCUCGUGAGGCACAUGCAAGAACAAUUUAAAGAAAAGGCUCGGAAAACUGAGUCAGUAUAUUAUGCAGCAUCUGAUGUUGUUAUCCUUAAAUUCAUGAUUGAGGUUUGUUGGGCUCCAAUGUUGGCUGCCUUCAGUGUUCCUCUUGAUCAGAGUGAUGAUGAAAUAGUGAUAGCUUACUGUCUGGAAGGGUUUCGCUAUGCAAUCCAUGUUACUGCAGUCAUGUCCAUGAAGACUCAUAGAGAUGCUUUUGUCACUUCAUUGGCAAAGUUCACUUCUCUUCACUCUCCGGCAGAUAUCAAACAGAAAAAUAUAGAUGCUAUUAAGGCAAUAGUUAUCAUAGCAGAUGAAGAGGGGAACUAUUUACAGGAAGCGUGGGAGCAUAUUCUGACAUGUGUUUCACGUUUUGAGCAUUUGCAUCUAUUGGGAGAAGGUGCCCCCCCAGAUGCUACGUUCUUUGCAGUUCAUCAGAAUGAGUUUGAUAAAUCAACACAAGCCAAAUCCAAUAUUCUUCCAGUCUUAAAGAACAAAGGACCAGCUGGGAAGAUUCAAUAUGCAGCUGCUGCAGUUAGAAGGGGCUCAUAUGAUAGUGCUGGUAUUGGGGGCAAUGCUUCAGCUGGAAUUACUACAGAGCAGAUGAGUAAUUUGGUUUCUAACUUAAAUAUGUUGGAACAAGUUGGUGAAUUGAGUCGCAUAUUCACCAGGAGUCAAAAGUUGAACAGUGAGGCAAUAGUUGAUUUCGUCAAAGCUCUUUGCAAGGUUUCCAUGGAAGAAUUGCGUUCUGUAUCAGAUCCCCGAGUUUUCAGCCUUACAAAAAUAGUAGAGAUUGCGCAUUACAACAUGAAUCGAAUAAGGCUCGUUUGGUCAAGAAUCUGGCAGGUUCUCUCACACUUUUUUGUAACAGUUGGAUGCUCUGAGAACCUUUCAAUUGCAAUAUUUGCAAUGGACUCAUUACGCCAGCUAUCCAUGAAAUUCUUGGAGAGAGAAGAGCUGGCCUACUAUAAUUUCCAGAAUGAGUUCAUGAAGCCUUUCGUGAUUAUCAUGCGAAAGAGUGGUGCUGUUGAGAUCCGAGAAUUGAUAGUAAGAUGUGUUUCUCAGAUGGUCCUCUCAAGGGUUAAUAAUGUCAAGUCAGGAUGGAAAAGCAUGUUCAUGGUGUUCACUACAGCAGCAUAUGAUGAUAGAAAGAACAUUGUGUUGUUGGCUUUUGAAAUUAUCGAGAAGAUCGUGAGGGACUAUUUUCCUUAUAUCACCGAAACCGAAACUACUACUUUUACUGACUGUGUGAAUUGCUUGGUCGCAUUCACUAAUAACAGAUUCAAUAAAGAUAUUAGCUUAAACGCUAUUGCUUUUCUCCGAUUCUGUGCUGCAAAACUUGCUGAAGGAGAUCUUGGCUUAUCUUCGAGGAACAAGGAGAAGGAAUCUUCUGGAAGAAUUUCUCCAUCUUCACCUCAUACUGGAAAAGACAGAAAGCAGGAGAAUGGUGAACUGUCAGUAAAGGAAAAUCAUCUCUAUUUCUGGUUUCCAUUGUUGGCUGGGUUGUCCGAACUUAGCUUUGAUCCAAGACCUGAAAUCAGAAAAAGUGCUUUACAAGCGCUUUUUGAUACAUUACGCAACCAUGGUCAUCUUUUCUCUCUACCUUUAUGGGAAAGGGUGUUCGAUUCAGUCUUAUUCCCUAUAUUUGAUUACGUCCGUCAUGCCAUUGAUCCUUCUGGUGGGAACUCACCAGACCAUGAGAUCCAUGAAGAUACUGGUGAGCUUGACCAAGAUGCAUGGCUUUAUGAGACUUGUACAUUGGCCCUCCAAUUGGUAGUAGAUCUUUUCGUUAAGUUUUAUGACACAGUCAAUCCACUCUUAAAGAAAGUACUCAUGCUACUAGUGAGCUUCAUCAAGCGUCCCCACCAAAGCCUUGCUGGUAUUGGAAUUGCUGCAUUUGUCCGUUUGAUGAGUAAUUCAGGUGAACUUUUCUCUGAAGAGAAGUGGCUGGAAGUGGUUAUGUCCCUAAAAGAAGCAGCUAAAGCAACACUGCCCGAUUUCUCCUUCCUUUUGGAUGGAGAUAGUAAGAUCCAGAGAAAUGAAGAACAACUGGACAGAGAGACUAAUGAAGAAGAAGCCUCUGGUCCCGAGAUUGUCGAUGACAAUUCUGAGAAUUCCUCGGGCAGAUAUGGGUUCCAUGCUGCCCUAUCUGACGCCAAGUGCAGAGCUGCUGUCCAACUUUUAUUGAUACAGGCUGUAAUGGAGAUCUACAACAUGUUCAGACAUCAUCUUUCAGUUAAGAGUACUGUAAUCCUAUUUGAAGCUGUGCGAGCUGUGGCCUUUCACGCUCACAAAGUGAACAACGACUCCGCGUUAAGAUCAAAGCUACAACUGCUAGGACCGGUCACUCAAAUGCAAGACCCACCUUUGCUUCGCCUGGAAAAUGAGUCUUAUCAUAUUUGCCUGACGUUGCUUCAGAAUCUUACGAAUGACAGGCCACCAAAUUACGAUAAAGUUGAAGUGGAGUCUUACCUUGUGGAUCUCUGUCAAGAAGUAUUGCAAUUCUACAUAGAAGUCUCGUCGCGAUCGGGGCUUCUGGAAGAAGAAUCUUUGGGUAAACAAGUUCAGCAUCACUGGUCAAUUCCUUUAGGGUCGAAUAAGAGGAGAGAAUUAGCUGCUCGCGGUCCGCUUCUGGUUGCGACUCUUCAGACGAUAUCUGGAUUGGAGGAUUCGUCGUUCGAGAAACAUCUAGCUCUGUUUUUCCCUCUUCUGUCGAGCUUGAUACGGUGCGAACAUGGGUCGAGCGAAGUUCAGGUAGCAAUUAGUGAGAUGCUCAGCUCGUCUGUGGGUCCUGUUUUGCUCCGAUCGUGUUAAGAGACAACAAUCAAUCAAUCGAUCGACAUUCUUACAUGUAUGUAUGAUAAUCCAAUUUUUUCAGGUAUCUUUCUUCUUCUUGUCUUCUUCUUCAUCUUCAUGAGCAUCAUGCAUGCAUGCAUACAUCUUCUGUUAUGUUCUUGUAAUUGUUUGUUUUGUUUUGUUUUUGUAGCAUUCUAAUAUAUGAUUAUUAUUAGUCUGGUAGUAAGCUUUGACUAACU